CAGGUGCGGCGCAGUUUGGGGUCUUGAAACAGUCCUGGAAUUGUCGUGCCUAUUUAUGAUAAUCCUGUCUGUAAAUCUGUCCUCUGUUUCGAGAUUUGGUGUUCAGUCACCGCCCCUUCCAGCCUUCACCCUUUCCAUCUCACACUUCUCACUUCAGCUAUGUCCUUCCUAAACAGAAACAACCUAUUCGGUGGCUCAGGGCAGCAGCCUCCGCGCGAUCAGUAUGGCCAGCAACCAUCCCCCCAGCGAGGAGGGCGUCCUUCUUAUCCCCCCGGCGGCGGCGGCGGCGGCUACGAUACACACAUGAACGGUUACGACUCUCCGCGACAGGGGUAUGGCAGUCCUGGCCUGCCUGCGAGAAACAUGCCUCCACGACCCAUGGGCCACCAGCAGAGUCCUAGUCGAGGAGCUCCUGCGAGAAGUCGGAGUGCUGUCAUGACCCUACAACCUGCAAAAUCUCCAGAUAAUUCGUAUACCUUCCGCAACCUCGUGGCUGUUUCCUCGCAAGACGUUCCUCCUUCCUACGAUGGCACCGACGUCUUCCUGCUUAUCAACGGCAUGUAUGUCGUUUCAGCUCGACCUCUCGAUGCUUUUCCACGAGGCAGCAUUGGUCUCUCCGAACCCCAAAGGUCUUGGAUGGGAGUGGCCUUGACGGAUCUCCUGCAGGCAGAAGUCUACGAUCCCUUCAGCCAGGGAGGGCAGGCAUACAUUGGUGCGAUGGAUAUUGAAAUUGGGUUCGCCAGCACGAGAAAGACUACAGACACGCCGUACGAUCAAGAUGAUCUGGCCAAAGAGAUUACAAAAUUAUUUAACAGCCAAAUGUUCGCCCCGGGUCAGCGAUUCCUGAUGGACCUUAAAAGCAUUCCCCUCAACUUCACAGUGAAGACAGUACAACUGGCCGACUUGAGUGAAAAAGCGGCGCCCACAACGUCGGAUCCUCAUGCGCGAGGCAUUUUGACACCUCAAACCCAGAUCAACUUUUUCAAGGAUGGGAAGACGCCUAUAAAUCUCAAGGCAUCCUCGCGUCGGCCUGCCGCCAAUUCGAUCAUUGCCCCUGACUUCAAAUUUGAGGAUAUGGGCAUUGGUGGUCUGGAUGCCGAGUUCGUUACCAUUUUCCGAAGAGCAUUUGCCUCCCGCGUCUUUCCUCCCGGGCUUGUGGACAAGCUAGGCAUCCAGCACGUCAAGGGAAUCUUACUCUACGGUCCUCCAGGUACAGGAAAGACAUUGAUUGCGCGACAAAUCGGCAAAAUGCUCAAUGCGAGAGAACCAAAGGUCAUCAACGGUCCCGAAGUGCUGAACAAGUAUGUCGGUCAGUCCGAAGAAAAUAUCCGGAAACUCUUUGCCGAUGCAGAGAAGGAAUAUAAAGAAAAGGGAGAUGAAUCCGGCCUCCACAUCAUCAUCUUUGACGAAUUGGAUGCUGUCUGUAAGCAAAGAGGCAGCGGUGCCGGCGGGGGCACGGGCGUGGGAGAUAGUGUUGUCAACCAGCUCCUCUCCAAGCUUGACGGCGUGGAUCAAUUGAACAACAUCCUUCUGAUCGGCAUGACGAAUCGGAAAGAUAUGAUUGACGAUGCUCUUCUACGGCCCGGCCGUCUUGAGCUCCACAUGGAAAUAGCCCUGCCAGACGAACACGGCCGAGCGCAGAUUCUGAAGAUCCAUACGCAAAAGAUGCGUGACAAUAAGGUGCUCGACCCGGAUGUCGACCUCCUGGAACUCGCUCAUAAGACCAAGAACUUUUCUGGUGCCGAGAUUGGCGGUCUGGUCAAGUCCGCCACGUCGUUUGCCUUUUCUCGACAUAUCAAGGUGGGCACGAUGGCGGGGAUCACGGACGACGUGGCAGAUAUGAAAGUUAAGCGUGCCGAUUUCGAAAGCGCUCUAGAAGAGGUAAAACCGGCGUUUGGCGUCUCAGAGGAGGAGCUUUCGUACUGCCUCCGGGGAGGCGUCAUUCACUUCUCACAGUAUAUCAAGGAUGUACUUGAGGAAGGGAAAUUGUUUGUGGAACAGGUGCGCAAUCCGAAUUCCACUCCGCUCUUCGCAGUGUGCCUCCACGGGCCGCCUGGCUGUGGAAAGACGGCGCUUGCAGCCAAGAUUGCAAUCGACAGCGGAUACCCAUUCAUCAAGCUGGUCAGCAAUAAGGACACGUUGGAGAUGUCGGAAUCCCAGAAGAUCUCCUACCUGAGUAAGGUGUUUAUGGACGCAUACAAAUCGCCCAUGUCGUGCGUGGUCCUGGACGACGUGGAAGAAUACACCGAGUGGACGCCCAUCGGCCCUCGAUUCUCCAACCCCAUACUGAAAACCCUCGUCGCACUGUUACGCAAAGCGCCACCACCAGGACGAAGCCUGCUGAUCAUUGUGACGGCGACGGAACGCUCAGUCCUGCAACAAUUAGAUUUCUGGCGGCACUUUAACAGCGACAUUCCCGUCGCCAAUGUGCGCACCUACGACGAACUGGAAUUUGUCAUGAGAGAAUCCAAAGGAUUUGAAGGAGGGGAGAUUUCCAGGGCGAUUGCAGAGAUCCGGGACAUCACGCGCAGCGAGGUUGUGGGAGUGGGCAUCAAGCAUGUGCUACAGGCAAUUGAGACGGCCAAAUACGACGCCGAUCGUGUCACUCGGUUUGCAGGGACUCUGAGCAGGGUCAUCGCCGAGCGCGGAGAGGGGAGUGGUGGAUUUCGUUGAUGCAGAAUAGGGGGAUGAGGUUGAAUGACAUGAGAUCUUUGGGCGCCUAUACUUUGGACGAGCUCUAGAAAGGAAAAUGGCAUUCACAUGAUGAAUGAUAUUGCGCGAAGUUGUCAUCCUGAAGCAUAGAUGGCUAGGGAAGAAUCGUCCUGCCAUGGUUUCUUUGAUAUCCAAGCAGCUUGACACGGUCUGUUUAUAUAGAAUGAAGCGCACACAAGCUCAUGAGGCUGUUCACCGG